AUGUAUAUCGUUGGUUUGGUUUUCUUCGUGGUCUUUGCAGUUGUUCUCUGUAUCUGCCGCCCCUGUUCGCCUUGCGUUUACGACAAAAUAUCAACCCUUUUGGGCUUCCCAUUCGAGACUCACUCGACAGAUGGUGCACCGGCGACCUCAUCUACAGUGGAGAACAAGACGCCCCCCUUGGAUUAUCAAGUUAUUCCCAAUCAACGAUCGGUAGUCCCGAACGGAAAUGCAUUGCAAUUUAAGGAUGAAGAAUGUACUAUUGUGCGGCUGAAUCUUCCGUUCUCUACCCCGCUACCGCUGACAGAUGCAAAUGCUAAAAAUGAAUCCCCCAACGCAGGCAGUGUAGCUGUACAAAUACUCGAAGAUACAACAGCGUCAUCAGAAAAUGGCCACGUAUACAUCUCUGUUGAUGAUAAUAAAUCCAGUAGCGCUAAUUACUUUGAGAUAACCGCAAUGUCGAGUGAAGAAAACGCAAUUGUGGCAAUAGGUCUUACUACAAACCCUCAGCAACCACUCGAGGGUGAGAACGAAAAACUUCCUGGUAUCAUGCCUAACUCAUUUGGGUACUGUUCUGACGGUUCCAAAUAUGGCCCUAAAUGGGGAGCCGAAGAUGGAGAUACGGUCGGUUGUGGAUAUGAUUGCAAUACUGGGCGUGUAUUCUUCACAAAUAACGGGAAGCGCCUCAGCGUCGAUGAAAUCGUUGGUCAAAAUACCUGGUUUCCAACAAUAGGAGUUAUCGGGCCAUGUAUUAUAAAAAUUAACCUUGGAGAUGGUCAAUUCAAGUAUAGUGCUAUUGAGGAAAGGAGAGAUGAAAAUUUUUAG